AUGUCUUUGUCCCGCAGAUCUCUUGAGUCUCAAAGGCCUAUAAUGGCUCCAAGUCUCACCUCCAAACGCACUUCCAAGCGUUACUCCACAUACUCGGCCUCGCCAAGUUUUGCGACCACCGCCACCGACUGCUCCAACACCGUCACCCUGCCUUCGGCAACCACACCCGUCAGCGCCGAGGCCGGCAUGGCUGAGAUCCGGCAAUUGACUCAAGGUCUUGACCGACUAGAAAACAAACACUUGGACCAGCAACGGUUCGUUCCUAGCCAAAAGAAAACAGACGACCUGAGCAAAUUGAGCCUGGGGGCAAAAGUCGAGCGGGCUCUAGGACGAAGAAUGACCGACCAGGACGCCGUGUUUCGGGUCAAGCGGCCAUCGGCAAAAACAAACAACUCCUUCCCCUUUCUGGAUGAGAAGGCUGCGCUGAAAGCUUGA